UUAACCAUGCUCCCAGCCAAGGUUAGGCCAGGCAGAGCACUGCGUUCACUCCGGAUUCCCCAUUACCCAGGUGAACCCAUUCACGAACCACCGCCAUCAUUGUCAAGACCAUGGACGGCGUUCUUCCCGCCGCUGUUGCUCUCGGUCUCGCCGCUGCCACGAGUGACAUCCUCCAGCCUCUCGGUCUCGCCGCCGCCACGAGUGACAUCCUCCAGCCUCUCGGUGUCUUCGUGGUCUCCUGUGGCACCUAUGUCCUCGUAAAACAUCUUCUGUCCUCGCGCGCACGCCUUCAUCUCGCCCCAGGGCCCACCCGCUGGCCCAUCGUCGGCAAUGCGUUCCAAAUCCCGCAGGUCAAUCCUUGGCUGACCUACUCCAAAUGGGCCGACACGUACGGCGAUAUCAUUCAUCUCGACGUCUUUGGCCAGCCCAUCAUCGUCAUCAAUUCUGCCGAGAUUGCUAGAGACCUUCUCGACAAACGAUCCUCCAUCUAUUCCGAGCGGCCGCAUCUUAUCAUGGCAGGCGAUCUCGUCGGCUACAGCGAGGGCUUCGUUCUCCAGCCCUAUGGCGAGGAGUGGCGCAGGCAGCGCAAGCUCGUUAACGCAGACUUUGCCCAGGGGACUGUUCCGCGCUACUACCGUCUCCAAGAGACCGAGGCGCGCAAGCUUGUCCAAGCCGUGCUUCAUGACCCAAGCUCGCUUGUUCGCCAGGUAAAGAUGAGGAUUGCGGCAAUCAUCAUGGAAGCCAACUAUGGCUAUACGGUGAAGUCCGAGGACGACCCGUUCAUAACCAUUCCGUUUGCCGCCAUGGCCAACUUCAGCAAAGCUUCCGCACCAGGCGCAUGGCUCGUCGACUUCAUCCCGCAGUUGCAGCGCCUGCCAUCUUGGGUGCCAGGGACAGGGUUCCUCCGUACGGCCCGAGAGUGGCACGAAAUCUGCAUGAAUGCGACUUGGAAUCCGUACCGCUGGUGCAAGCAGAACCUCCCCACCGGCAUCGCACACUCGCCUAGUCUCUGUGCGACAUCGCUCUUGCAAGCGGAUGGCGAGCUUUCAAAAGAGGAUGAACACACCCUCGUGUGGGCAGCAUCGGCUGUCCUGGGAGGAGGGCUCGACACGAAUGUGUCCACAAUCCUAACUUUCUUCCUUGCCAUGCUCCACUAUCCGGACGUCCAGGCCAAAGCGCAAGCAGAGAUUGACGCAGAGAUUGGGACCGACCGCCUUCCGUCCAUUGCCGACAGGGCCUCGCUGCCAUAUAUUUGCAGCCUGGUCACGGAAGUCUUCCGGUGGAACCCUGCCAUUCCACUCUGUUUCCCUCAUUCGCUGAGGGAGGCGGACAUGUACAACGGUGUUCAUCUUCCCAAGGGUUCCCUCGUAGUGCCAAAUGUUUGGCACAUGCUGCACGAUCCAAUGACAUACGCCGACCCGAUGAACUUCAAGCCCGAGCGGUACAACAACUCGGACGCCGAGAUGCAGAAGGUCACAGACCUGGCAUUUGGAUUCGGCCGGAGAGCGUGCCCGGGCUUCUACUUUGCCCAGGGUACCAUGUUCGCGGUGAUUGCCACUGUCCUUGCAACCUGUCAGAUCGUCCCGGCUAUCGACGAACGCGGCACGCCGAUCAUUCCCAAGAUUGCAUAUACUUCUGGAAGCAUUGUAUUCCCCGAAGCGUUCGAAUGCAACCUGAGAAGUCGAUCGGAAAGUGCGCGGGAGAUGCUUUCUAGGAGUGUUCCCUCUUCUGAAUGAAUGCAUACUGAGCGCCUGGCUAUAUGAGGGAAGACUCCGAGAAGAUUAGCACAGGCGAAGUUCAACUCCAGAAGAGGGCAGUGCGUGGAUUUCUUGCAUAUAUGCGUGACGUGGAAGGCUGUGCAGAUGAAUUUGCAGUUCGUAAAGCUCAUGCGAUGUGGCCUUGUUCUUCUCGAGAUUACUAAGUCCACACAGUGGCUGAAUCCACACAGUGGCUGAUUAUACAAAGUGAUUAUC